CAUAAGAGUGGUGAGUGGAUAGUUCCUAUGACAAACACUGACAGGAAAGAAUUGAAAUUCAUUUGGAACCAGCUGAUGGAAGGAGUAAAAUAUUACAACGAGCAAGUUAUGGGUUUUGCCAGUAAAACUCCUGGAUUUUCUAAAUUUACAAUGGCUGACCAAGAAAAACUUACUAUGAAUGCCUACAUGGAAAUCUGGAUGAUGAUCAAUUCAGAGUUUUUGUGCGAGAAUGAAUCUUAUGUGCUAUUGAACAACACAAAGGUGUUUUAUUCCAAGGCCACAAUGAAGAUGAUACUUGGUGAAGAGCUGACAACUUUGAUGUUAGAUUUUGGCAGGAAGUUUUGUCAGUACAACUUGUCGGAUACUGAGAUUGGUUUAUUAAGUGCCAUUAGACUGACUAAUCCAGAUGUUGAAAAUUUGGAAGAAAAAGACAAAGUAGAACUCCUGAACUCUCAUUUUCUGGAUAUUUUUGCUAGCAUGUUCAACAAGAGGCCCCACAGUAGCAGAAUAGCCUUGUCGCUAUUCCAGUACAUGUCUGUAUUAAAAACAAUUACCCAGUUACAACAGGAGGCCAUCUUUAAUUUCAGCUUGGAUAGUCCACCUGUAGAAGUUGUAACUGAAAUCAAUGUGACCCCUACAUGAGGUAAAAGAUCGUAUGGAAAAUCUUGGAGCCUAGAUGGAUCACCAUUACAGAAAUUUUACCAAAGAUUGAGAUAGAACAACAGAGUGUUUAAGUUGUUUUGGAAAUGUUAUAGCUUUAUCUACUAUAACAUCAUGAUAUAAUAGCAGCAGCCAAAAAUAAAGAGUGUUUACAGGGUUUUACCAGCGCUAAUUUUGAGCACCAACUCUAAUGUUUUUAUGACGAUUUCUUAAAAAUUUGUUCACCAACAUAUCAAUUUUUGUAAACACUAACUAAACAUUUAAUCAAAUUAUUUGACUGAAUUUAUAAAAAUUGUGAUAAAAACUGUCACUUUGUUAAUUGACUAAUUGCAAAUGUUGGAAGGUAACUCAGUCACAUGUAUAGUACCAGAACCAAACUUGGUGAAAACAAGAUAUGAGGGUACUGAUGGGGGGGUCUCAUCACGAUUCACGAGUUGAUUUUUUUGUCAAUCACGAUUCACAGAAAAUAAAUUUCCAUGAUCAGGGAUCACGAAAAUAUAAAAAAAAAAAAUCUGUAGAAAAACGGAUCACGAUAGCGAAAAUGCUCCGAUCACGAAGAACGAAGAACGAAAAUAACCCAUCAGGCCCCUCAGAUAUGUUUCAGGCCUGUAACUCAGAAAAUCAAUUUCUGACCUAUUGACCCUAACUGACGCUACAUUUUUCAGGUAGUACACCCUGAACCCACAUUUUUUUUGGCUUAUUAACCAUCUAAAUAGAUUUUCUUGUUUAGCUUUAUAGUGCCUUGUUUUUAAGUGAGUAUUGUGAUAAAUUUUCUCCUAAAGGGAGAUAAUUGGUAUUAAUUAAAGAAGAAAAGUGUUAUGUAAAAAAAGCAGAAUGUCAAUCACAAAUUUUUUUCCAUGACUUAUUGCUCAAAAAGUGUAAAAAUUACUUGUGUCUAACAAUAUUUUUGGAUUUUUAAUAAAUAAUAAUAAUUAAUAAUAAUUAACAAUAAUUAGCAGACAUUGCAGAACUCCAGACCUUUGGCUUCAUCAGUUGUUAUGGCAUUAACUAAUUUUAUAAGCUGAAUAUUGCAGAACAUUUAAAUAGCUAGAGGUGACUUACGGCAAGCCAUAUUUUUCAUUUGAUACAUUUGUUUUUUUUCUGGAAAAGAAUAAAUAAAAAGUUUGAGAAUACUGUGCACAUGUAUUGUAAAGCCCUUUCCAAAAACUCAUUUCAGAAUCACAAAUUUUACUCUAAAAUGAUAAUUUGAAGUUGGUGAUUUCCCUUUUUGGGAUGUAGAACUGCUUCACGGCAAUGAUGCUCAAUGAAGAGUCGACACUUAGCGGUUUAAUUCCAUGUUGAUUUAAAAAUAAUACUUUGUUUAGAUAAAUUUAAAAAUUAUUAAUGGUAUUAUGUCUUGCAACAUACUCAUAAUCAAACUUGAUUAUAAACCUGGAAAUGUUUGUAAAUUAAAUUAACGCAUUGUUUACUAUUUUACUUCUCUCUGUUGCUCUGCAGUGCAGCGAAACAGUAUUAUUUAUACCAGUUAACUUUCCUACACCAUGUACAAGGGAACUAAUUUGUAUUUUAAUUGUAAUUUUUAAAUCCGAUCGGGGGCUUUCCGAAGUAAGUUUCUAGAAAGUCCUAUAGGGAGAGAUUUACUUGCACAUAUUUUGUUGUGAAUCUUAUACAACUUAUGCUUCGGACACAUGAAAUUUAUAACGUGUUAAUUGUUUUCAUUUUUUACAGAACUGGGUUGAUACCUCUGCUGGUGGACUAUUAGUCCCUGAGGGUAUCAUCAGCUCAGUAGUCAGUACUUCAGUACUUCAGUACUGACUUGAUUUAUAACAAACCUUUCUAAAAUUGUCCGUUGAUAAAUUUUGAAAUUAUUAGAAACUAAGGUUUCAACUCCCUCAGGCAAAGUUGACCUUAGAUGGAUUUUGGCUUUUUUUUUUUUUAGGUCCUUUUUGGUAAUAUAGCUCUUCAACUGUUUAGGUUCUUAUACAUCCUUGGCUUUCAAAUAUUCAGCUUUGAGCGUUCCUGAUGAAGAUUAAUCCAGAAAAGUGCUUCGGACGUAUAAAAUUUAAAACGUCAUGUUUUCAUUUUUUAUAGCAGAUAGAAGCGAUUUAAUAAGUCAUAAUGCUUCUUUUUUAAACCUGGUUCAAGUUUUUUUUUAUUCAAGGAACAAUAGAAAGUAUAUCAGAUUUUAUAAUCAAAAAUAUUUUAUCAGCAUAUGCAGUUUGUAUUAGAAGAAAACAUAAUGUUGUUUGUUAAUAACGGUAAAUUUUGUAAAAAUGGUUUGUUGUCUUUUGUGUAUGUCAAGAAAUUCCAAUGAACUGUUACGGCUAAGUCAAAAUAACUGCCUUUGUAAAAAUAGCAAGAUGUGGUAUGGUUGCCAAUGAGACGACUAUCCACCAGAGAUACACACAAUAAUAGGUCACCAAACAGCCUUCAACAAUGAGCAAACCCCAUAUCGUAUAGUCAUCUAGAAAAUGCCCAGAGAAGACAAAAUAUAAAACAAUUCAAACCAGAAAUCCAAUGACCGGAUUAAUUUAAAAACAAUAAGAGAAAAACAAAUAUGACGGCCAGCCAAUAAAUAAACAACUUAAUAAUCCUACAAUAAUAUUUCUACAUGUAUGUCAACAAAAUCAAUCUUUUGCAAUCUAAACAGGAAUUAAUUACAUUCUCUGAUCCCAAGAAAGACAACUCUUACCAAUAAUGUUUUGCUCAACUGGCAAGGUUAUAUUGUUAACUGUGUGUUGCCAAAUAAACAGCUUUAACUGCCUCAAUUACAUGUACAUUCCAGUGCAAAUAUGUGAUUUCACAAUUUUUUGAUAUCUUUGAGUUAGGUUUAAAUUGUACUGUUUAUGAUAUUGUUUGUUGAAAUUUUGUUAUAUUUUAUCAGGAAUUAUGUACAGGCAGUAAUUUUAUUAAUUUAUGAUAUAAGUUUUUAUUUUUUAUUAUGUAUUAUCAUUAUUUUACUAAUAUUUAUUAUUUAACUGCAAUUUUUAUGGUGUUUACAGAAAUCAUACAGUGUAUCUCAUAUUGUCCUAUUUCAUGACCCAGAAACAUGUUUCAAAAUUAUUAAUUAUGUCAUACAUCUUUAAUAGAGGGGUGGAAGGACCUUUUACAAUACGUCAGGAUUGGGCCUUAAUUUUUGCUGGAAUUCUGGUGUACACUUUUAGUAAUAUCAGGACUCAGGAAUUGAUGAUUAAUUAAUACGGAUCUUGGAAAGAAUGCUUUAUUUUUUUCAGUUCCAAUGACGAAUUUAUCUGUCAAUUUCACUUGAAAUUGUAUUAUUCUCUAGAAUAUUCUUUAUUCUUUAUUUUCAUUGUUCUUUAUUUCGUAACUUUUGCUUUAUUUUCUAUUCUGUGCCAACUUUCCUCAUUAUUGUAUUUUUUUUAGAGAUAGAAUAUUUACUUCUUGUAUGUUAUUCAUUUUCACAAUAUUUUUAUAUUGUUCAAAGCAACUAAAUUUUAUCAAAGUAAAAAUUGAUAGUUUACCAUAAUGUAUGGUUAUUUUUUUAUGUUGAUCGUGCAAUGUUUAUUAUUGUCUAUGUAUUAUCUAUUAAGUAUUUUAAGGGUAGAUAACCCAGGCUAGAAUGUUUCAAAUCAUGUUUUAUUUAUGACAAUCAAUAAUGUUGUGCCUUGGUAUUUUGUGUUUUUUAUUAUUCCAUAAAUUUCUGAAUUGUUGAUACAAUAUUUUAUGCCCUGCCUAUGAUAUAGUAGGGAUAUUUUAUGCCCUGCCUUUGAUAGUAGGGGGGGAUUUUGUUUCUGUUUGGUUUUUGUGUCUCUUCUGUUGUGUAUCAUUGUUGUUUCAUUGUGAUAUGAACUUUUUAAAAGAUAUACCAAACAAGUAUUUGUCCUAGAUUUUGUAAUUCACUGAACAUGGAACAUUAGCAUUGUGUCCUAUGGAUUUGUUCCUGACCAUAUGAAUAUUUGGACCAUUUUUGUAUGGUCAUUACCAUAUGAAUAUUUGGACCAUUCUUGUAUGGUCAUGACCAUAUGAAUAUUUGGACCAUUCUUGUAUGGUCAUGACCAUAUGAAUAUUUGGACCAUUCUUGUAUGGUCAUGACCAUAUGAAUAUUUGGACCAUUCUUGUAUGGUCAUGACCAUAUGAAUAUUUGGACCAUUCUUGUAUGGUCAUGACCAUAUGAAUAUUUGGACCAUUCUUGUAUGGUCAUGACCAUAUGUAUAUUUGGACCAUUCUUGUAUGGUCAUGACCAUAUGAAUAUUUGGACCAUUCUUGUAUGGUCAUGACCAUAUGAAUAUUUGGACCAUUCUUGUAUGGUCAUGACCAUAUGAAUAUUUGGACCAUUCUUGUAUGGUCAUGACCAUAUGAAUAUUUGGACCAUUCUUGUAUGGUCAUUACCAUAUGAAUAUUUGGACCAUUCUUGUAUGGUCAUGACCAUAUGCAUAUACUCAUAUGGUUAUUAAUGGUCUGGACCAUAUGAGUAUUUAGACUACCUAUAGGUAUUUUUGGAAUAAAUUCUAACUUCCUUUGCAGGAACACGUAGCUCGUUCUUUGAAACAAAAUCUGCACAAGUUACGCUGGAUCCAAUUUAAAGUGCCUUAAUUUAUCCUGUUGACUUUUUCGUCUGUAAGUGAAACCACCAUUUGGGGAAUGGGCUUUUUUCUUCUUUCUCCAGUGUUAGAUUAAUUUACUUGUUUAAAUUCUACUUAUUUUCACUUCAUUGGUGUGUUCUUGCUCCUAUUCAAAAGAUUGUUCAUUAACAGUAGUUUUUACGUGCUGGCCCACUAUUCUUAUUUUCAAUACGAAUAAAGAUAGGGACAGCACAUACAAACUACUAAAAAUUGUAUGAAUAGGAGCAUGAACACAUUAAGUAACUAAAAAUAAUUUAAAAUCUCAAAGAAAUUUAAUUUACUUAAAAAAAUUAAAACACCAAAUAAAGGAAAAAAAGAAAAAAAAAGAGGGUACAAUGCCCCAAGUGCCUGUGAGUUAAACAGUUAAACAGUUGACUUCUUGUUUAACAGUUCAUUCAGUGUUUUUAAAAGGGGCGUAAUUCCAGAAAACACAUUAAAUAUUGCUUAAAAACGAAAUUGUUUAGGACAAUCUUAUGCUAUAAAGUCAUAUAAAUUGUGAAUAAAAUGGGAUUAUUUUGCAAUUGGGGGGGGGGGCCGAUCAAAGCUAGGUGGGAGGAAGUUUGCCCUUUGUGCCCUAUCCUGUAUCUGCCACUGUUGAUAACCACACCUUUUUACAAGGUAUAAUAUAAAAAUAAGAUGUGGUAUGAUUGCCAAUGACCCUAUUUUAGCCUUUUGAAGAAGUUGCUGUAUCUUGUAUGUCCCUAUCCAUCAUACUAUUGUAUUCUAGUGGUAGUUCAAAAUUUCCUCCCCAUCAUCUCUUACAUCCCACCUUGCAGUACCUACAUAUUGAAUUAAGGAUGUACUUUAUAGGUGAAAUUAAAAAAAUCUAGUAUUUAAAAUUAAUACUAUAAGUCAGAAGAGCAUUAGUUAAGGAACAAAAUAAGCUAAAAAUAUUGAUAGGUUAUGGAGCUCCUUUUCGAGAUAUUUAAUUUUUAUAAAAUGGCGGGAAAAGGCUGACUUGGACUUAUACCUUAUAUUUGCAUUGGUAUUAUUUGGGUCCCAAAUCGAUAGAAAAGAAAUCUAGAAUCUGCUUAAAUUUUGGUAAAUGACCUUUUAUGAGCUGUUGAAGUCUUAUAUGAAAAGAAAAAUGGGUGUUAUGGGGCAAAAUAUUUUACCCUGUAUCUCAGGAAAAAAACCAAGGAGUCCGAACUUCUGACAAAAAUUCCUAAACCUGACUACAUCCUAAUUAUAUAAAUAUACAUGAAUAAAUUGCAACUUGUUGAACAUUAUGAAAGCAACAAACAAUCAAUCAAUCAUAACAUUUGUUGAAGAACUGUAAAUUGAGAAAUUAUUGAUGCUUUUAUUAUUGUGAAAAAUUAAAAUAGGUGACGCAAAAAUAAAAACUUGCACGAUAAAUUUUGAUAGCGUUAUUUGUAUGCAACAUUUCCUGAAACUGCAAGAAAUAAUCUCACAUUUUAUUUGUGUACAUUGGUUAACAAUUAUGAGUGGGUCUCAUUAAUUUUUUGGGGUCUAAGCAUGACCCGGGAUUGCCAAUUUUUUGUAAGCGUGAUACGUGAAAGUCAAAUUAUUGUGCUGUGAAAACGGGAAAUGAAGUCUAGCGGGACACAAGAAAUUACAAAAAAAUGAGAAUUGCUUACAUACAUAAUGUAAGCAAGAUAUGGGAAUCUGACAAAACAGUAAGCUGGAUCCGGAUCAGAACCCCCCCAAUGAGACCCCCCUUUGAUAAUACAUGCACACAAUCAUUUCUAAAUUUACAGUAUAUAUGCUGAAUUUUUUUGCUCAAACAUUUAAAUAUGUAGAUGAUAAUGACAUAAUUCAAUGGUACUGUGGAUUCAUUAUUAUUUGUUCGUGGAUUUUUGUAACAAAUAUCCAAAGGAAAGGCCUACUCGUUUUUCCGAGGUAUUGUUUGUACAAUUCUUAUGAUGUAAGAGAAAUGGCAUGAUCAAUCCAUAGGGGCAGGGUAUGUAUGUGUCCUAUAUUCCCACCAUGCAUACUGUUGAUUCAUUCAUUUUCAUGGGUAUCAAUUUUCGUAGAUUGAGGAAAUAUUGAAUUUUUGCGGAUACAUGAUUUCGUGGCUUGCCAACUAUUGCAUACAAGCCAAUAGGAUAUUUAUACUUUGUGGAACACUUACAUUCAUUGUUCAUCUAUCCCAACGAAAUCCACUAAAAUUGAUAUUCAAGGAAUAAUAACUAAUCCACAUUAAGUCAAAAUAAAUAAAUCCAUCCGAGCUGUUAUGUAUUUUAAAAUAGUGUUGAAAAAAUUGUGAUUUUUAAAAGAUGGAAAAUUUUUAAUGAAAUUUUAUAUUGUAUAUUGUUGUUUGUGAUUCAUUUUGAUAGUUUAUUUAUAUUGUUAAAAUUGACUGAAAUUUAUCAGAGUAAAAUUGUUACUAAAAUU